AGUAGCGGGUCCUCUCUCGCCUCAAUGUUGCGGCCAGCCCAGUGGCAGAUCGCUACAAUCCUGGAGGGAGCCGGGUCGAAUGAGCUAUUGGGGUUCCCAAAUAAUAACGGGGACAAACAGACAGACAAAAAAGACACACAGACGGAUGGACGGAGAUAGGCAAGUGUUCCGAUAAAACGCGAGACCAUAACCGGAUUCUAUACGCUUUUCUUAUUCCCGUUUGUUUUGUGUUUCUCUGUUUUUAAUUAUUUAUUUAUUCGCUGUAUUUAUUUAUUUAUUUAUCUAUCGAUUGAUUGCGUUUUAAUUACUGCCUUGUGACAGAGAGCGAGGGAGGAGGAGCGUCAGGGCCAAGCGCGCGCGUACUGUGUUUGUGUGUGUGUGUGUGUGUGUGCGUGCGUGUGUGUGUGUGUGCGUCUGUGUAUAUGUGUGUGCGUUUGUGAGUGUGUGUCCGUGCAGCCUUCUCCCCCCACACUUGUUUAUUUAUUUGUUGAUGAUCGCCUUUAAUGAAGCUGUUUUACGUGUGCUCGCAGCGCGAUCCGCUGCUUUGCGCGAGCGGAUGAAUGUCUUAUAUGUAGCCUUCAUGCAAAGGAGAGAGGAGGAGCGCGUGCAGCUAGAGACCAAAUACAAUAGAUCAAACCAAAUACUACAGAAAUCCAAAUAAGACUUUCUAACUCUGCUGGCCUUUUACACUGUCUCGUCUGUUUCUAUGUAUCAUGAUUUAUUGUGCUGUUUUAAAUUGCAAAGCGAAUACCAAAGCUAAGCCCGGCCGGUGAUGCUACAGGAGUAGGCUAGCGACUGUUCUCAUGCCUUUUCACACCUAUAGGAAAACAUAACUGGUGAGGAGUGAGAGGAUAAAAUAAGCUCCCGGGCCUCUAUGUUUACUCAAGGAGAACGCUUUAGCAGUGCAAAGGUAAGAGAGAGACGCAGGUGCAUCAACGCCAGGCAGGUGACACACAGCCUUUUAUUAUAAAGCUACUACAAUAGGCCUGUAAUUGUAACACAACUUUUCCUGUAGCCUGUAGAAGUGCGAGGUCUGAUCUCCUCUCUAUCCGUCUGUGUGUUAGUCUGGACUGUAAGCUAAACUGCUGCACUCAAGGGACCAUCCUACAUAUAUGUUCUAUGCACAUUUACACCAAAACUAAUGCCGGCCACCAGUCGACAUCCACAAAUGUAAAUAAAAGGGCGCAGCUGGGCUACAUGUGUACACACCUAACGGCGAAUGUUGUGAGCUCUCCAUACCAAAUAUUCCCCCAAAGCUGUCUACCAGAGAAACGGACGAAGACACAGAGGCUUCAGAAGAGGACAGAGCUUAUUACAGUACUUCUGUCAGAUUAUUUGCAUCAAAACAAGAAGCCGGAGGAAGAUCAUGUUUGUUCCCUUGCCGGUGCCGUUCGUGUUUCAGAGAACUGCCCCUGACCUCAACGCCUGGCGUCUCAAGUCCCCUCUGGCUCUCCGCUCCAACUCCGAUAUCAGGAUGUCAAAGCCAGUAGAGGUUGAGAAAGUAGGGGCUGACUCACCCUUGGAGGGCACAGAUUCAGAGCGGAAUGGACCUGAAUCAAAUCACCAGGCUCAGUCAAUGAAAGUCAACCCCUUUCCCCUUUCACCCACCCUGAGCAGCAGCAAGACUAAGAUGGAGGAAUGUGGUGAGAUGUCCCCGGCCCUUCCUCUCUCUCACGGCCCGACCCCUUCACAGACGGCCCUGCAACAUACACAGCUCAUGCUGACCGGCUCCCAGCUAGCAGGGUUGACAGCACUGUUGCCAGCACAGCAACAGUUGUUGCUGCAGCAGGCUCAAGCGCAGCUCCUGGCUGCAGCUGUGCAGCAGUCCAGUGCAGCUCACGCCGCUCAUGCUGCCCACGCAGCUGCCCAAGCCAAUCAGCAAGCUCAGGCAGCCGCAGCAGCAGCAGCAGCAAAUCAGCAAGCCCAGCAGCAGCAGCAACAGCAGCAGCAGCAUCAGGCGGGACAAACAGGGCAGCAGGCCCAGUCGCAGUCCCAGGGGCAGGGACAGAGCACACAGGAACAGACAGCCCAAAGUGUCCCACCUCCUCCACCCCAGCUCACCCUCUCCCAGCCAAUCCAGCUUACCGCCCAGGACAUCCAGCAGUUGCUGCAGCUCCAGCAGUUGGUGUUGGUGCCCGGCCACUCGCUCCCAUCUCCUGCCCAGUUCCUCCUCCCACCGGCACAGCAGGGCCAGCAAGGACUCCUAUCAACACCAAAUCUCAUUUCGCUACCUCAGCAAAACCAAGGGAGCCUGCUGUCUGCUCCAAAUAGAAUGGGACUCCAAGCACAGGUACGAGAAAACUUUCAAGCUUUAGUCAGUGGAAAAGAAAACACAGCCUCUGCACCAGCGAUAAACAAACACUUCUGUUUCUCCCUCUUCGUUCUCACUUUCAUUCCUCUGACGUUGCACCUGCCACAGCGAGAUAAGAGUGUGGAGGUGAGCGGUGUGACCACAGUGCCCUCAGUGACCUCUCACCCCGAGGAGCCCAGUGACCUGGAGGAGCUGGAACAGUUCGCCCGCACUUUCAAACAGAGACGCAUCAAACUGGGCUUCACACAGGGAGAUGUUGGUUUGGCCAUGGGGAAGCUGUAUGGUAACGACUUCAGUCAGACCACAAUCUCUCGCUUUGAAGCCCUCAACCUGAGCUUUAAGAACAUGUGCAAGCUGAAGCCACUGCUGGAGAAGUGGCUCAAUGAUGCAGAGACCAUGUCCAUUGAUAGUACCCUGCCCAGCCCCAGCUCCCUGUCCUCUCCCACUUUGGGCUUCGAUGGGGUUCCUGGUCGCCGCAGAAAGAAGAGAACCAGCAUCGAGACGAAUGUACGCGUGGCCCUGGAACGCGCAUUCAUGACGAACCAGAAGCCUACCUCAGAAGAGAUCCUGCUGAUCGCAGAGCAGCUCAACAUGGAGAAGGAGGUGAUCCGGGUCUGGUUCUGCAACCGCCGGCAGAAAGAGAAACGCAUCAAUCCCUCCAGUGCCACCCCUCCCCUGCCCAGCCAGCCCCCCACUGCCCCACCAACGCACAAACCACCCUGCUACAGCCCUCACAUGAUGUCCAGCCAGCUGUCGCAGGCCGUGACCAGUCUCAGCACAACAGUGACCACCAUAUCCCCCGUCUGCCCCCUGACUUCCAGCCUCACCUCCACCCACCCCUCCCUCAGCUCCGCACCCUCCCCGGUGACUCCUCCUCCUCCUCCCCGCAGCACGGCCAGCCCAGCCAUUCCCAGCCACAGCACACUCAACCUUAACACAGGCUUAUGGCGUAUGGGUAAAAAGAACGGUGACGUGUCUAACUACAUCACUGAUUUUGCUGCAAACUUGAGGAACACUGUGAUGGGAGUUAACACAGGGAUGAACCAAGCCCUCCUCGGUAACAAUCCCCUGGCCACUAUCCAAGCCCUAGCAGCCAGUGGUGGCCAGCUGCCUCUUUCCAGUCUUGAGGGGGCCAGUAAGGUGAUGCUGGGGGCCUCUGGGGGCCAGGCAGGGGGCCUCCCCUCCUCCCUCUUCCUCAACCACCCCGCCCUCCUCCACAUGGGCCAGAACCCCGGUGCCGGAAUGGUCAGCGCCGCCGUAGCCAAAGCCUCCCAGGCCUCCCCCUUCCCCUCGGCCAGCAGCAUCAGCCCCACCCCCUGCUCCCCUUCCCCCUGCUCCAGCCCCGCCUCUUCCUGCUCCUCCAGCGAAAUGGCACACAGCCCGCCCUCUCUGGGCGGGGCCAAGAUUGAGUGACCGCGCCAAGGGCCAAUCAGAGAGGAGGAGGGAGAAGGAAACGAGAACCUCGCCUUUCACACCAAAGCUAUCUCUUUCUCUCUCUUGCGCUCUUCUUCCGUUAUUUUUCUCACAGUGGCUCUCUCUCUCUUUCUCUCCCAGUCUUUCGAUGCCAAAAAUACACAGAAUGAAAGAGGAGAGAGGGAGGGAGAGAA